AGAAGACAUUUGGUUAUUUCACUUUGUUUUUACCCACUUUGUUUUGCUGUACCAUUUUGCUACUGCACAACUGUUUGAAAGUAAGAUUUAUUCAGGAAAUUGGUGAUGGCCAGCCUCAUUUCAUUUCUCUCACCAUAGAAAUGGCAAACAUCAAGCCAUGGCAUUGUUCUCAGCACAAGUAGCCCAAUAAAAUUUAACCAGACUGAUUUUUCCAGGUAUCGCUACAAACAUAUUUUAGAAUUCAGAAUCAUAGAAUCAUCCGGAUUGGAAAAGACCUUCAAGGUCGUUGAGCCUGUCCAUCAAGCUGACCUACUGAGUCCCUUCACUAAAUCAUGACAUUUAACGCAACUUUGAAUCGCAUUCUGCAUGACACUUCCUUCCUACCUAUUUCCUUUACAUACAUGUUCAUAUACAUACACACAUACACACAUAUGUCUCUGUGAUGCCAAUGUGACUAUCAGAAUAGCAGCUACCUGGUACCUUUGGAAGCCAUGCUUGUGUCAAUAUUUGCAUUGGUCUGCAUAUUUCUGUUUGCAUUUAUAAACGUCUACAUGACAUGCACUAAAGCAUAUUCUGUGCUGCUACGUAUUUGUGCAGGCAGGCUGAAGGAUUUUGCUUCCUAACACAAAUCACUUUGGACAGCUGCAAUGUGGCUCUGCACAGCUAACUGGAUUAUAGUUACCACUGUUAAUGUUUGAUCUUGAUUUUUAAAUCAUAGUGACUCCUUUUUUGGAAAUACUUGAAACUGUGUGGCAGCUUACUCUCUGCUAGAAAAUAUGCAUACUCAUUUUAAAAAUAAUUUUAAACUUAAGAUUUCUCUUAUUUGCAGGUGCACAGAGGAAGAUGCUGCACUUUAUGGGACAGUGUUUGGGAACUGUUUGACAGCUAGACUGACCUUCUGUUCAACUCCUGCUGAGUGGGAAUGAUGUACAAAAAUUGCAGCUUCCCCAGAAUUGCUUGCCUAAUGACUCUGAGGGAAACUUCAGGCUAAAAUGAGCAGAAUGAGGAACAUUUUUCACAAUACAAGAGUUAUGCCUAUGAGGAUGACCCCAUGUUAAUUCCAACAAAUUCUAGCUCUUCAAAAAUCAGUGUUUUAUUACACAAGAAGCUCAGAAGUAUUGUUUAUAUGUGAGGAAUCCUGCAAACACUUGCAUAACAUGGAAGACAACACGGAUGUUGAAAACUUCUUUAAAAUGGAGGAAAAUACUUGCCAUGCAAGGGAUGUAUCACAGAAUGGUGAUGACCUAACUAAUUUUAACAGUAGGGUCUGUGUCGCUGCUGGAAAAGCAGAGAAAAAUUGCAGCAGACAGGUGCAUUCCCACCCUACACAUCUGUUCAGUGAUUGUACAGACAACUGCUGCCUUCGCGUGGAAGACUUUGUUUCUGGCCAUUCUCUGGCAGAUGUCCAGGCAUGUGGAAAGACCGAACUCCAUAGGUCUCUACCCAGGAACGCCCUGCUGAGUGAGAGGGACAGUCCCAUAGUAAACCUGAAUUAUUCUGUAAAAGACGAUUCUGAAAAUUCUGAUAGUAUUCUGGAGAUCUAUCCAAGUGUAAGUGAUGACUUUUAUGAUUAUGGCCUCGAGUAUUUAGAAUGUUCAGAUGUGCUGACAGUACAUGACAAUGAAAUCUGGGAAAAGAAAUUGCAGUUUUUAUUAGAAAGCGAUGAUGAAGACGAUUUAAAGCUGAGUAAGGAUUGUGAUGGGUGUGCUUAUUUCCUCAGUGAAAUGCCGUGCCUGUUUCAAGUGUCAGAUAACACUACGCCUAUGGAUACCACCAUUGGCCUCUGUGGUCAUCAGUCAAAAUUCAAAGGAGUAAAUGUAAGGAGAGACCCCUCUACUUACAGCCAGUCCACUCUGCAGACGGAGAUGACUCUAACUGUUGGACAACACCGAGAGAAAACUACUGGUUCGAAAGACAAAGAGAAUUGUAAAGUGCCAAUUGCACCUGCAGCCCUUGAAAAUGACUAUCUUAAAAUGGAAGAAAAAAAUAAUGGAAGUGUCCAGUCAGCUGCAGAUUUCUCAACCGAUAAACCACAGAAUGGGGAUAAUGUGCAUGCAAUGGCGGACUCCUCUGCUAGUGACACUGGUGCUGCUUUGACAAAUUUGACUUCAGAAACAAUGACAGGAGGCAAUACAGAUGCAGAUUUGGUGGAUGAAAGCUCACUGAUACCAGAAGAAGGGAGAAGAAAUUUGUUGGAAGAAAAUGCAAGGCAUGCUGUCUCUACCUUAACAGAAAGUCUACGAAGAAACCUUUUAAAGUUGUUGAAUCCUAAAGAGCUUUGCAGAUAUGUAAGUAACAUAAGUCAGUCUUUUCAGACUGCAGCAGAAGUUGAAUCCAGUGCUUUGUUUCCAAGUCAGGAAGGUGUCCUUUCAACACAAUUCUGUGAGGAGACAGAAAGCUUGCAAAUGCAGGCUGGUUUGUGUCAUAGAGAAGAGGCAGAUAAAGACUCUCGCUGGGAACAGAAAAGGACGUGGGGCUUGUCUGAGCAAAAUCAGGUGCCAUAUGAAAACAUCUCACCCAGGAAGCAAGGCGACAGUCUUAAAACCUGUGCCCAAAAUUGUGAUAGACAACGUAUGGAGCCUGAAACAGAAAAGAAAGGCAUCUUCAUGACUUGUGAGAGAGUAGGAGUCAUCCAUUCAGCUUCAGAAGCACUCUGUACCGAGAAGACAUUACAAGCAAAAAAUGCAAAUUUACAGACCUAUUCUCAACACAAUGCUCCUUGCGAUAAAAGAGAGAGUUGUCACCAACAAAUCCUCUGGGAACAAGGAACAGAUAUGAGUAAUAAUGACAACAAAUCUAAGAAUGACACUUCAUCCUUUCCUUUAUGGGACACAGACUCUGUUCCUGAUAAACAAGAAUGUUUAUGUGCUGUUCUCUCUUCUGCAAAGCUAUGUGAUGAGCCAGGGGAGAGAGGGCAAAGGUAUGAUUUUGACUCACAUGACAGCAAUGACACAGAUACUCUCUGCAGUACAUCAUGUGAUGCAUCCCUGUUUGAAGCUAAUCCCCAGUCAGUUCUGGAAUCUAGAGAACCUGGGUGCAAAGGAGAAGCCAAUUUAGCUGCAGUGCAUGACAAACUGUGGAAACUUUUUCACGAAGAUGACUCAGACUGUCAAAUCCCGUUUGAAAACUGUGGAAUCACAAGUUUAGAAAUGAGGCUGACAGAUACCAGAGUCACAGAAGUGAACUUCUUGCAGGAGACCUGUUUUGAUCAUUCUUUGCCUCAAAAUCUGAUAGAACAGCAGGAACCUAUUACACAACCACCUACUAGAGAAAGAACAGAGAAAGAAAACUGCAGUGUUUCUAAUAUCCUACUGAAAACAGAUGAAGCAUAUAAUAGUGUAUCCAGAGGAAACAUUUUUCUUACAGAAGCAGAUGGUACAUGUCUAAGUUCUAGCAGUGGAAACAAAGCAGAAGCACUAUCUGUUUGUACUUCAAAAGAUGUCUUAAGUAGAGAGGUGUGCUUGAAGAAAAAACCAGAUCAAAUAAUAACUGACAAUAACGGAUCCAUUCGAAUGAGGGUUUCUUGGGAAGGAAAGCUUGCUGUUAAUAAUGCUUUCCAAACACGUUAUGUGGAAUCCCCUCAAGUAUUAAAAAGUGCUCAGAGUAGUAAGUUAGCAAGUGAUAAUGAAAAUUCAGCUUCUGUGUUAGAUAAGUCGCACUGGACAAGUAGACAAUUACUUCAUACUGAGCAGAACAUACCAUUGGUAAAUAAGACUAUAACUAAGAGCACAGAUGAAGAUGACUGUCAUUUUAAAGACUGCUAUCCAGCAAGAAAUAAACUGACAUAUUUCCCUGAAGGGAAAUUUGUUCUCCCCAGUAAUUCUUCUGGUGAAAAUACCCAUCAGUUCACACAUGGAAAACACGCUUCUGUUAAUGUCAUACAUAAAAGUUGUGAAGGUGAUUUGCAUGAGAAAAAAAGUCACUCAGACUUGAAUGCACAAAUUGGCACUAAUUCUGGCAGUUAUCAUCUUCUGAAAAAUUAUGGCUGUCAAGAUGUUCCAAUUGUUUCUAAUGCAGCGAAGUACAGUUACCUAAUGAAACUGCCCAAUUUAAUUAAGACUCCUGGAGACAUAACAUGUAAGAAUCUACCUCACAAUGCAUGCCAAAUGACAGAAUUACAGGAACAAGAAGUUGUAUUCACUCCCUCUUCUGAGAAUCCCUUACUAACAGAUUUUUGUAUAGAAGCGCCCCAAUACGAACCAAGUGAAACAGAAAAAGAACAGAGAGGCAUUUGCACAGGUGAUGAACAAAGGGCUGAAACUUCCUGCAGCUCAGGAGUUAGAGAUGUUUCAGAGAGUCAGCCUGCAGCUUCCCCUCCCAGCAUGUCAGAACAACAGGCAUUUUUUCUUGACAACACCUUUAAGUCUCAUGAAGAGCUAAAAUCAGAUUCUUCAAAUAAUGGGAAUGUAACAUCAGCAUCAGUUAGUACCCCACUGCCAAGAACAGUUCAAAAUGAGUACAGCAACAUAGCAAAUGAUGAUUACAGAGAUGUCAGCAAUCAGAUGGAUAUCCAACAAGUAACCGUAGGAGAAACAUCACCAUUCUUCAUACCUGUAAACCAGCCAAAGGGCACUCUUCACAGUAUGUCAGCAAAGGGAUCGUCUGGCACAGGAAGUCAAGCACAAGCAGAAUGCACACAAAUUGCUGUCAAAGUAGAUGAAAAAAUGAGUAAGUUGGGAACUUUCUGCAAAGCAUUGCAGGAUGAGUUCCAUAAGGUACCUGAAGCAAACAAGGAGAAAGCAAUCUUGAGUGAAAAUAAACAAGAGAUUCAAAGAACAAUUGAGUACAGUCCAAAUGAUGCUGAAAUGAAGUUUCCUUUGCACACUUUAAUUAGCUCCAAGGCUCAGAGACAGAUUAGCAAUAAUAUCACUAAGCAGUCCUCUCCUGACUUGAUCUCUUCCAGCAAGCUGACCGAGUUUGACUAUUCAAUUAAGUCUACUCAGUGUCAUAAAGAUGGAGAAGUCAUGACAUCAGAGACUGCAGUAGGUGGUGUAGUUGGUUUGCCACCAGUUGAUUCAGGAGACAACCUCUAUUUUCAAAGGCAGCCACCCCACAGUAGUACUCAACCAUACUCCCUAACAUUGACCGCCUAUGAUCCAUUCCCUGGUGAUGCAAAAAGGCUAGAGAGUCAAGAAAGAUUGAAGUUCUGCCAAACUUCACCAACUGCUGCUGAGCCUGAGCCCAUUAAAUAUAAACAACACAUAGCAAGGAGUGGGAAUGUAGCUGCUGGAGCAAAGAAGAAAUUACCUCCAGCAACAUUAUCAAAGAAGCCCCGACUGGCAGAGAGAGGAAAUGUUAGUAAGGAUCCCAGCUGUGCUAAAAGUGAGGCCAACAUCAUCUAUAAAGAAAACAAAAAAGAGCAAAGGAAGCUAAUUUCAAAAAAGGAUAGCAAAGCUCCGAAGCUGCUGAAGAAAAUCCAAGCGGAGCUGUUCCCCGACUGCUCUGGAAAUAUCAAGCUGUGCUGUCAGUUUGGAGAUAUUCAUGGAGACUCCACCAUUACAUGGACUAAAGACUCCAAGUUACUAGCUCAGCUGCAGAGAAAUGCCCAGGAUGACUCUCCCGUCUCUUUGGCAAUAGCUAAAGCCAGUAACAAAGACCAAGGAAUGUAUUAUUGCUGCUUGAGUAACAUAUACGGACGGGUGACUGCUGAGUUUAACCUGACUUCUGAAGUCUUGGAACAUCUCUCAAAUUUUCAGAAUUUUGAAGGUGUGGAAGAAAUUGAAUUCAUGCAACUCAUGUUCAGAGAAGAUUUCAUCUGUGACAGCUAUUUUGGUGGGAACCUGCAUGGAAUUUUAGCUACAGAAGAGUUUCACUUUGGUGAAGGCAUGCACCGGAAAGCCUUCCGAAGUAAAGUGAUGCAAGGCCUCGUGCCAGUUUUCAGUCCUGGACACCCUUGUGUUCUCAAAGUGCACAAUGCUAUCACAUAUGGGACCAAGAGUAAGGAUGAUCUAGUUCAAAGGAACUACAAACUAGCACUGCAGGAAUGCUAUGUCCAAAAUACUGCAAGAGAGUAUGCAAAGAUAUAUGCAGCUGAAGCUGAACCUUUGGAAGGCUUUGGAGAAGCACCAGAGAUCAUUCCUAUUUUUCUUGUUCAUCGCCCUGCUAACAACAUCCCCUAUGCAACAGUGGAGGAGGAGCUGAUUGGGGAGUUUGUGAAAUACUCUGUCAAGGAUGGCAAGGAGAUCAAUUUCUUGAGGAGAGACUCAGAGGCUGGCCAGAAGUGUUGCACCUUCCAGCACUGGGUGUAUGAGAAAACUAAUGGGAACUUGCUUGUCACUGACCUGCAAGGUGUAGGAAUGAAACUAACUGACGUUGGCAUAGCAACAUUGGCCAAAGGAUACAAAGGCUUUAAAGGCAACUGCUCAAUUUCCUUCAUUGAGCAGUUCAGAGCCCUCCACCAGUGCAAUAAGUACUGUGAGAUGCUGGGUCUGAAAUCUCUCCGAUUCACUCAUCAAAAACAGAGGAAACCAACUCCCAUGAAAAGCAAAACUCUACCAAACUCACCAACUAUUAAGAAAACAGUGUGCAAGAAAGCAAGAGAACCUAGAGACUUCACAGCUUCAGAGCACUGAGUAGCACUGUCCCAUCAUGUGAAAACUCCUCUUGGGGAUACGUAAUAGUGGUAGGCACCAAUGUUCUUACAAGAGAAUAACAUUUGGGGAUAUUGUUAUGAAGUCAUCCUAAUGCUGAUGGCAGCAACAAAGGAAGGAGAUGAUUCUGUGAUGUAGAAACCGGAGAUUUAACACAAGAGCAAGAUUUUGAAGAUAAACUCAGCCACCUGCCUGGAUUAUUUUACAACUUUUCUAUGCACUGGUAUCUGUAUAUUUUGAGUCUUGGCCAUUGAAUGAGUCUCCGGAGAACAUCUUCCCUUCUGUUUGUGUGUGCAUGUGAACCUGUGGUUCAGCUGCAAUGUAAACAGCAAAAUGUUUAAGAUGCCACUUAGUAGAAAUUUUGCACAGUAUUGUUCAGACUGUUUUCUAAAAGUUAUUUUCUCUCCCAGAUCUCUGCAUGUUGUACUACAACUAUCUUACUAUUUUCAUAACAAUGUUUUUUCCCACUUACAUGUCUUUCAAUACAAGAAAAAACUAUUCAUGAUUGGACAUCUGUGUCUUCUCCACAAGAAGAUUGCUAGGAUCUUUAAUGUUCUCACAAUGUGAUGUCAUCAGCUUAAAAUUCGGUAUCGUGUGUGAUUCUCCAUAGCAUUCCAUGCUUCCCAAGAAAGCUUCCUUGACUCUACAGUUAUCCCUGUGGCACAGUACUUUUGCACGUGUACCAAUCCUAUUGUAAGAUAGAGGCUCAGAGUCUGCAUGUUGCCAAACAGCUAGGAUGUGAAAUAAGCCAUUGGAGAUGGAGGAUAUUUCAAUAUCUUGCAAUAUAAAGAAUAAGUAAGUCAAGUGGCUUUUCUGAGUAGUGUGGAGUUGUUUUUAAAGUAACAUGGGAGGUAUGUUGGGACAGUACGUGACUGCUGAAGAGUUUUGAUUUAUUGUUAUACCAUUUAUCCAGCGUACCAGCAAAAGGUAGUGUGCCUCCAGAUUUGGCAGAUUUGCUGCCAAAGGAGGGAACUAUGCUUGUCAGAAACUGCAGCAUAUUUCCUGAAUGUUGCCAGUUAGAAAACCCAACCUAUGGUGCCUAGCACCUGGAAUAGAAACAUCAAAAAUAUGGCAGGCUUCUUAUCCCUACUAAAUAACAGGUGGUGCAAGGAACCCAACACCUGAAUGAAAGUUUGGAGUGCAAGGAAGGUCACUGCUGAGAAGAAGAAAUUCUGGACUGUGUUCUACUUUGUAUUGAUGAGCAGCGGGUGUCAAGUAGGAAACAAACUGUUUGGGAUCAAUCGACAUUGGGAUCAAGUUCUCUGACUGCAGUGGAGAUGUAAACAUCUAGAGUUGUUGUCGACUUGAGUUAUUGCCCUUCAGUGCAGUUACACAUGCAAUUACAUUGAAAUAUAAA